GUUAAUUCGUGCAUUUCACUUCCCACGAAUCACUUUCCCGAAGCGAAAUGCAAUCUGUUAAAACUUGCUCCAUCCCGACGACUCCGAUCGAUUCGGACGAAUCAAUCGUGAUAACCGGAAUUGCUGGCAAGUAUCCGCGUUCAGAUAGCGUCCAUCACUUUGCGAAAAAUCUCUUCAACAAGGUCGAUUUGGUUGACGACAAAGAGGAUCGUUGGAGACAUCUGUACGCCGGCAUACCAAAGAGGUUGGGAAAGCUGAACAAUCUCGGUAAGUUUGAUGCCGAGUUCUUCGAGAGUGGUUUCAAGGAGACACACUCCAUGGAUCCGCAGCAACGCUUGCUGCUGGAGCAUUGCUUUGAAGCGGUGCUGGACGCAGGGCUCCAUCCAGACGAUCUCAGGGGUUCACGCACCGGUGUGUUCGUCGGGGUGUCCAUUGCCGAGACCGAAAUUUACUGGACGUAUAAGAAAACUAAAAGCCCUUUCAAAAAGGCUGUUCUCGGUUCUGCUCGCAGCAUGUACGCUGCUAAAAUUGCGCACGUACUGGACCUAAAAGGGCCCACAAUGGCGGUCGAUACAGCGUGCAGUAGCUCUCUGUACGCCUUAGAUUGGGCAUGCAAGGCUAUUCGGAAUGGACAGUGUGAUUCUGCUAUCGUGGCUGGUACCAAUCUGACACUACAUCCCUACAUUACACUGCAGUUCGCUCUGCUUGGCGUCCUGGCUGCUGAUGGGUACUGUAGGCCGUUCGAUAAAUGUGCAUCAGGAUACUCGCGCUCCGAAGCGAACGCCGUAAUUCUGCUCCAGAAGGCCAAGGAUGCUAAGCGCAUCUACGCACACGUCGUCAACACCAAAACCAACUGUGAUGGUUACAAGCUCGAAGGUAUUACCUUCCCGUCCAACAAAAUACAAAAGCAAUUGUUAGACGAGUUGUAUGCUGAGGUGCCCUACGAUCCCAAGGAUAUCUGUUAUGUCGAGGCGCACAGCACUGGAACCGUGGUCGGAGACCCGGAAGAGUGCGAUGCCAUCGAGAAAGUGUUUUGUCCGGAUCGUACCGAGCCCUUGUUGGUAGGAUCGGUUAAAUCGAACAUAGGACACUCGGAGGCAGCCGCAGGAAUUUGCUCGCUGACGAAGUGCAUCAUUGCCAUGCAAACCAAUGUCAUUCCACCGAACAUUAACUACACCGAACCUCGGACGGAUGUCCCAUCGCUACUCAACGGAAAGCUGAAAGUGGUUGAUAAUCCAACACCGCUCACUGGACCAUUAGUGGCUGUCAACUCCUUUGGAUUCGGAGGAGCUAACGCACAUGCUCUGCUGCACAAUAAUAUCAAGCAGAAGCUGAACGAUGGUUGUCCUUCAGAUAACUUACCUCGAUUGAUAGUGUGGAGUGGACGAACUGCAGAGGCUGUCAAUGUGUUUAUCAAGGAUCUCGUUGGACAACGGUUUGACGCUGAAUUUUACGCACUAACGUACAACAUCCAGCGGAAGCCGAUUGCUAAAAUGACUUCCAGAGGCUUUGCCAUUUUGAAUGGAAACACCGAUGGUAUCGCGCAGCUUCUAUUCAGUGGACCAACCAUUUGUAUCCCGAAAAAGUACAUCAAACCGCCACUGACGUUGGUUUUAGGUGACCUUUCGCAAAACUGGCAAAUCUAUGCAGAAUCUUUCGUCGCCUUUCCUAAAUUCGCAGAAGUUGUCACGGAGUGCCUGCAUGCAAUUCAGGAAUGUGGCUUCGAUGCGUUUGAUGAAACCAAGCGGAGCAACGAUCCAGUUCAGCAAAUACUCUGGACGUUCAUCAUUCAAAUUGGAGUGUGUUCCAUGCUACAGCAAAUGGAUUUGGCCAUUGAACAGUACGCUGGAUACUCUGUUGGUCAGAUUUCAUGCGCUUAUCUCACUGGUGCCCUCUCCCUGCAUGAUGCUCUACGCGUGGCCUACGCUCAAGGGUAUAUCAUUCGGGCGCACCAAAACGAUGCAAGCAUCAACUACAACCAUGUUGCAACAAACAAAGUGCUAAACAACAAGUUGAUGAAAGUGCUUAAACCUCUGCGCGUCAAGGCACCUUUAGCCAACUGGAUCAAUCCGUGCCAGCUACAAUCCUUCGAGAUGUUCAAUAGCAGCGUUAGAGCAACCUUAAAUGAAAUGCUUGUAAAACAUCCAGGCUCUCUGGAGCCGUUAAAGGCCACUUACACUACUCAUAAGGAUGCCAUAGAAGGAUUUCUCAUCACACUUGGCGAUAUUUAUCUGAAAAGUCAUCAUUUCAACCUACUUAACCUGUAUCCGCCAGUUCAGUUUCCGGUAUCUCACGGAACGGCUCUUCUCUCCCCACGCAUACGCUGGAACCACGAAGAUGAUUGGCACGUACCAAAUUUCCGUAUGACUCGUAUGGUAGAUCAAGUAUCUUCCGAGUACACCGUUUCAUUAAUUGAACAGGACUUCAUUGCGGGGCACUGCAUCGACGGUAGAGUUCUCAUUCCGGCCACUGGUUAUCUUUUUUACGUCUGGGAUUCAUUCUCGGGAACUAUGGGAAUUAUUCCUGAGGAAAUGCCGAUUGAGUUUACUGAUAUAGAGUUCCUACGAGCCACAACACUAAGUGGAGAUCAACAAGUAACACUUGACGUUGAUUUAAACAAUGCUACGGGUAUUUUUGAAGUACGUGAAGGUUCUGCGCUAGUGGUCAAAGGACGGAUUCAGGCGCUCAAGAAUUAUACUCCCAUGCAAAACACAUCAGUACGUAAAACAAAUGGAGUCGUUUUGGAGACAAAAGAUUUCUACAAGGAGCUUCGUCUUCGUGGCUAUCACUAUGGAGGCCUGUUUAAAUCCGUCAUCGAGGCCGCAUCAGACGGUUCGUACGCAAAAAUUGAAUCGAAGUACAACUGGACAGCAUUACUGGAUUGUAUCCUGCAAGUUGCCAUUAUUGCAGCGGACUCUCGAUCCCUUGUCAUACCUACGCGUAUCGAUUCCAUUAAAAUUGAUCCCAUUCAACACAAAGCAGCCGAUCAGAGCAUAGAAUCUGAGGUACCAACUUAUAAUGUACACUUUGACAAAGAUCUGAACCUACUGCAAUGUGGGGCUAUCGAGAUCCGAGGACUUAAAGCAAGCACCAUCGCUCGUCGGCUCCCUCCGGGGCUACCAGUCCUGGAGAGUUACAAGUUUCUACCGUACCACCCGCAGGAGACACUUCAACUAGCCGAUGCGGCUUCUGUCAUCGUUCAAACUAUACUCGAGAAUCAAGGAACGCUGCUAUUCACCGUUUCAGAGGUCCAUUCCGCAUCUCGAGCACCGAUCAUUUCUCUAUUUGGAACAGCUAUUGGAGAUCUACCACUUGUAAAGGCCCAUUUAACGCUUCUCUCCAGCACUAAACCUGAACCAAUUCCAAAUGUUACCAUCUCUGAGGAUAAACUCAUGAAACAACGAAACGUGCUUCUGUUGAUUUGUGAAAACCUUUUCGCAGACGAUGAGUUCAUCUCUGAUGCUAUCAACUGUUUGUCGGACCAAGGAUUCAUACUUUUGCGCGAAUCGCUCGGAUAUACCAUCAAAGAGGGACAUCGACGACUCCAACUAGUCAGCACAAUCACUCUAGAAGACGAAACGUUUUUCCUUCUGCAACAAAAGAAAUCUGCCAUGAAUGCUUCAGUCGAUGCGCAUGCCAUAAAGGUUUCUAUGGAAGACACAACUAUUCCAUGGUUGCUAGAACUAAAGCAAGAGGUAAAGACAACGCCUCUUAUUCUGUAUGCGCAGAACGAUGCGUCAUCUGGAAUCAUUGGACUCGUAAACUGCCUUCGUAAGGAACCCAACAUUCAACCUGUUACAUGCUUCUUUAUCGACGAUCCCAACGCCCCUUCAUUUGAUCCUUCCAACCCAUUCUACAAGGAUCAAAUCGACCUCGGACUUGCUGUCAACGUGUAUCGUAACGGUCAGUGGGGUAUGUAUCGUCACUUUAAACUACUGGAACCGAUGCGCUAUGAACCUACUGCUGGUCAUUGUUAUGGUAACUGCUUAAAGUCUGGAGAUCUUUCGUCUUUAACUUGGAUGCUUGGUCCAAUUUCUGAACGACCACCGAUCGGACCUUUGAUUAGAAUAGCAUACAGCUCAUUGAACUUCAAAGAUGUGAUGAUAGCUACUGGUCGUCUGUCCAUUGAUACAUUUGGUACAUCUAGGCUAGACCAAGAUUACAUUUUGGGUUUCGAGUACUCAGGAGUAACUGCUGCUGGAAAGCGCGUCAUGGGCAUCUGCUCGUUAGGAAGUUUAUCCACACUGGUCGAGGCAGAUCCUCUAUUCACACUCGAUGUUCCUGACGAAAUUACCUUAGAACAGGCUGCAAGCAUUCCCACAGUCUACGCGACGGUAUACACUGCAUUCUUUAUCUGCUCGCACAUCAGGAAAGGUAAUUCCAUUCUGAUUCACGCUGGAACUGGUGGUAUUGGGAUUGCUGCCAUUCGGGUGUGUUUAGCAUAUGGUCUAGAAAUCUUUACCACCGUUAGCACCAAAGAAAAACGAGAGUUCCUGCUCAGCUAUUUCCCAGACCUUAAGCCAGAAAACAUUGGAAACUCAAGAGACACUACCUUCGAGAAUCUCAUCAAACUUCGUACCAAUGGCCGCGGAGUGGAUUUCGUUCUAAACUCUUUAUCGGAAGAGAAACUUCAAGCAUCCGUCAGGUGUCUAGCCAAAGGGGGACACUUCCUGGAAAUCGGAAAAUACGACAUGAUGAAGGACUCUAAGCUAGCAAUGACACUCUUCCAAAAAGGAAUCUCCUUCACUGCCGUACUGGUAGACCUCAUGUUUAAGGAAAAACGAGAGCUCAUGGAAAACCUUCAAAAGCUCAUUAUGAGCGAUCUUAGCCGCGGUAUAAUUCAACCUCUUCCGACUACCGCCUUCCAGGCACACGAGAUGGAGCAAGCCUUCCGCUAUCUGGCUACGGCCAAACAUAUCGGUAAAGUUGUUCUCAAGAUACGGGAAAACGAAAAUGAUCUUACUUCGGUACCGAUUACCUACCUCCCUCGAGUAUAUUGCCAUCCAGAACAGAGUUUCGUUAUUGCUGGUGGACUCGGUGGGUUUGGACUUGAGUUGGCCGAUUGGCUGAUCAUUCGAGGAUGCCGCAAGCUGUUGCUUAGCUCUAGUAGAGGAAUAUCAAAGCCCUAUCAACAAUAUCGCAUCAGGCUCUGGGAAAGCUAUGGUGUUCAAGUACGCAUAUCCACCGAAGACAUCUCAACCUCACAAGGAUGUCGGAGACUUCUACAGCAGGCCAGCGACAUGGGACCUGUUGCAGGAAUCUACAAUUUGGCAGUCCAGCUCCGAGACGCCAUCAUCGAGAAUCAAUCGGUGGACAAAUUUUUGGAAUGUCUCGCUCCAAAAGCUAAUGCCACAAGCCAUUUGGACGUAAUCAGUCGUGAGUUGUGCCCUAUGUUGAAGCAUUUUGUAGUUUUCUCCAGUGUUUCUUGCGGACGCGGUAAUGCCGGUCAGUCUAACUACGGUAUGGCUAAUUCUAUAAUGGAACGCAUCAUCGAGCGCCGUGUCGCCGACGGACUUCCCGGUAAAGCUAUCCAAUGGGGUGCCAUUGGUGAGGUCGGGAUCGUUGCCGACAUGCAGGAGGAUAGAAUUGACAUGGAGAUAGGUGGCACACUGCAGCAGAGACUUUCUUCCUGCAUACAGGUACUUGAUCAACUGCUGACCUCGAACGAACCCAUCGUUGCAAGUAUGGUUGUGGCAGAAAAGCGCAGCUCUAGUGGUGGAGCCAAGAACAUCAUCGAAGCGGUAAUGAACAUCAUGAACAUUCGAGACAUGAAGUCUGUUUCCGUUGAAAGUACCCUUGCCGAUAUUGGAAUGGAUUCGCUAAUGGCCGUAGAGAUCAGACAAGUGUUAGAACGUGACUUUGACAUCAUUCUCACGCCUCAAGACCUUCGUACGCUCACCUUCUCAAAACUGCAAAAGCUCGCCGAUGCGAAAGCGGAAAACGAAGCUGAAGAAUCUCUUGUCAAGCAGCUGGAGCUGGAGGAUUUACUAGCCAGCUUCGGCGAUGAAGCUGCAAGCCAUCAAACGAUUCUGCGUCUACCAUCUAAGUCGAACGAGGUCAAGUACGAUCUAGCUGUUCUGAUCAUUCCUGGCAUCGAGAGCGUCUGUAGCCCUGUUUGGACUAAAAUUGCAUCCCAAAUCAAUGCACCUACCUUCAUCCUGCAAACCUUCGAUAAGGCAAGUGAUGAGCAAACCAUUCCUGGGAUUGUAGAUUCCGUGUUUGACGAGAUGUUCCAGACGGUCUUUGACAAAGGUCAACAGUUUCUGGUCAUCGGAUACUCCUUCGGUUCACUAUUGGCUCUCGAGAUCGUGAAACGACUUGAGAGUCGAUCACUGCGUGGUAAGCUGAUGAUGAUCGAUGGUUCUCCAAUGUACCUGCAGCGCUUUGCGGGUCCCCAUUUGGUCGGUGCAGACGAUGAACAUCUGCAAAUGGCCAUACUUACACUUGUGGUUGGUUUUGCACUUCCCACCGAGUCCUCCGAUGCAAUCAAGCUUAUUAUGGCAGAAACGACGUAUGAUAAUCGCGUUAGUAAAAUGUUGGAGCUAGGCCGCAAUGAAAACUCCUUUUCAGAGGAUUACACUCGCAAGAUGAUGCGUGUUCUGUUCUAUCGGCUCAAAGCAGCCAUGAACUUGAGCAGCGAGGCAAAGGAGAAACUACUAUCGCAAAUGGUGCUAGUACGUUCCACUGUCAUCAAUGAUAUUGAGGAAGAUUACGGUUUGAGUGAUUUCACCCAGUCAUCUCUCAUAGUAAAAGUUAUUGAUGGAACUCAUCAAACGAUGCUCUCCAACGCGGAACUGAUAGAGAUCAUCAACACAGACACUCUAGAAGUUUUUAAAAAUGUUUGAUUAUGUUUGAUUUCUUCUUAUGUCUAGUUAUUUUAUAGUUAUGCAUCCCUAUGACGUUGAACAAUAAAUGUUUUUUAAAUUUAAAUCAAUAUGCAAAGUUGUAAGCCAAUAAAUGUGUGCAACAUUUUUCUCCGUAGUAAAUUACACAAAAUUAUACUAGUUACGUGAAUUAACAAUAGACGCUUUACCUAUCAUUAUAUUACAAAAUGUGUUUACUAAGAUAUCAAACAAUUGAAUAAAAUCAACACAC